AUGGAUGGGGAACUUGUGGAUGAAGAAUAUCUGGGCAUUGGAAAUCCACAUUAUAUCAUUGCCCAAAACUUCUCUGAAGAGGCUCAAGAGUGGCUCACACAUUACAAUUUUGCGAUUAGUGCUAUUGUCGAUGAUCCGAAAUAUCCAAAAGGCUCGGUAGUGGUACCUGGUGAUGUUUGGGCUUGGUCCCCCGAUUCACUUCUUAAAAGGGGCCCUUUCCGUGGCAGGAUUCCCUUAUCAGUGAACGACAAACAACCAGCUUCGAAUAAACCAACCUCUUACGCCAUAACAAAACUUAAUGGGUACUUUGAGACGUCUUCAAUGCGCGCAGAGGAGGUCAUCAUGCCGGAUAGUUGGAUAAGCAGCGAAGACGCAAAGCCUUUCGCACGAGAAUUGCUGAAGCAUCCCCAAACUGCGAGGUUUUUUGAUGGUCUCAACUACUCGGCCUGGAGAAAGGUCUACGAUAUCGGAUCGAAAGGGACAGAGAUUGGUAUGACAGAGGCACUCAAAUUGAUCACACUGAAUGGCCAGUACAUGAAGGACGGAUUUUUCAUAGAAGAGUCGGGGUUGCAUACAGAAUCCACGAGGUUACUAUGGACAGAAGUGGGAAAGUUCGGUUCGAUCUGUAUGUGGACAACAAACGUGCGACUUUCUGCCAGCAUGGUACGGUCUUGA